UACAAACUAUGGGCAAGUUCAAAGACCAUUCGAAGAGAAAAACUGCUGAAACUAAAGCUAAGAAAAAUCCCAUUAAGGUUACGUAUAUUUCUAGUCCGAUGAAGGUGAAGGCUAGCAGUGCUUCUGAGUUUCGAGCGAUUGUUCAAGAACUUACUGGGAAGAACUCUGAUGUUGUUAAAGAUCUUUCUGAUGAUAGCUAUGCAACAGUUGAUCAACCUCAUGAAGAAGCUAAUAAUUAUCAAGUUAUUAAUCUGCAGGAAGGUGAUAGACAUAUGCAGAAUGAUGUUAAUGUUUUCGCUGCUGAUGAUUACUUGUUCGAUGAUGCAUUUUCAAGCCAUGUAUCUUCAGUAGUUCUUGAUCAGAUUGAUGAAGGUUUCAAGUGGAGAGAUGUUUCAGCUGAGAGUUCCUUUGGAUUUCAAUCUCCCUAUUGUUUGUCUUUGUAUGAUUAGGGAGUUGAUGUUUAAUGUUAAUUAGAGUUAGCUAAUAGGUUUUUAAUUAAGUCCUUGGUCCUUUAUAUUAAU